CCACCUUCUCUCCAAUCUGGAUCUGGUUCUUCUUCUUGGUCUCUUCUUCAUCUCUUCGGAGCUUAUCUCGAAUUGUUCUCCGUUCAUUUGUUACGGUGGAGAUGACAUCGGAUCACCGCGACGCUGAUUUCUCUCUGGAAUCGCCGGAUCCGGAGGAAGGAGGUGUAGGAGACGGAGGAGAAUCUGAUACUGACGAUGAUUUGCGUGACAACGAUGAUGUUGUUAUGCCGGAAACGAACGAAGCCGAAGCUGAAGACGACGAUCCCGAAGAGGAAGAUCUCAAUUCUCCGUCUACAUCAUCACUCGCCAUGGUUUCUACGAUCUCGGCGACUGCUGUUGUUUCCGGGAAGCCGACGGCGACUUCCUCUACAGGCGCCGUGACUGUUGCUCUUCCGGCUGGAUCAGCCGUCCCUGUCUCUGUGAUUCCCGUUGAUUCCGAUCCGAAAUGGCACCGUAUGACGGAGAUCGUUCAUCAGAGACCUCCGAUCGAUGAUUCUAGACGCCUGUUCCAGAGGCUGUGGACGGAUGAAGACGAGAUCGAGCUUCUUCGUGGUUUCCUCGAUUACAUGACGACGCACCGAGGAAGCAGCUCGCAUCCGCCGGAUACGGCGCCGUUUUAUGAGCAGAUAAAGUCAAAACUUCAGCUGGAUUUCAACAAGAACCAGCUCGUGGAGAAGCUUCGGCGAUUGAAGAAGAAGUACAGGAAUGUGAUGAGCAAGAUCAGCUCUGGUAAAGAGGUAUUCUUCAAGAGCCCUCAUGAUCAGUCUACUUUCGAGAUUUCUAGGAAAAUCUGGAAUCAAACUGGGAAAAUCAUAGGGUUUGAAGACAAUAAUGUAAUGGAUUUCGAAGAAACCAAUAACCAUCAUAACACCAAUGGUAACUACUCAACCUUUAACAGCCCUAGUUCUAAUCCUACUCUGGAGCUCGAUUCCGAAAACGGAGUCGAGAAGAAAUUGACAAUGAGUAGCAGUAGCGUGUCAAGAAAACGAUCACGAUCAAGAAUUGGGAAGAUUGAGGAAGACAACAAACCCGUCAUCACUCCAUCUGAUGGGCAGAUACCAAAUGCAGCUAGCAAUGUUAACCUCAACGAAACCGCAGCUGCUGUUGGUAUUGGAGGAAAUCUCGGGGUUUUGAUCGAAGAGACUGUGAAAAACUGCGUCUCUCCUGUGAUCAAGGAGAUGAUGAAUGGGACAACAAGUAUGAUGAUGGCUGCAAUGGGAGGAGGGUUUCCAGGUGGUGGUGGUGGUCAUGGCUUUGGUUCGCUAAGCCCCAUGUUUACACGGCCGCUCAAUUUCGGUUUUGGUGUAGAAGGGGGAGGAAACAAGGCGGUGGCAGAUGAGCGGUGGAGGAAACAACAGAUUCUGGAGCUGGAAGUGUAUUCAAGGAGAUUAGACUUGGUUCAAGAGCAGAUUAGAACAACAUUGAACGAGUUAAAGACGAUGCCGAGUGGUGUAUGAUGAAGAGCAAGAAGAAUAAGACAAGAAAUAACCAGUUAGGUUGAUAUUUGAUAUCUCUGAGUUAACCUUCUGGUGUGUGGGUGAGUAUAGUAAGAGAUUUGAAUCUUUUUUAAGUUAUAAAUUGCUAAGGUAUUG